GGGUGGCAGGAGGAGACUCUGGCGGUGAGCUCAACGGCGUUGUCGACUGGGAGGGACCCGGAGAAGAGGAAUGGGCGGCGCCGGCAUGACGUUCUGUAAAGCUAGCGUCUUCACUGCUCUCGUUGGCGGCGGAUGGCCCGUUUGGUUCCUCAUGUGCAAGGACAGCAUCGAGGACCUGUUCGACGAAACGGCCGAAGUUCGAGUCCCCCGGGCUGGCGCCGUGCGGGGGAUCAAGCCCCGGCACGCCGACGUUGCAAGCAUGGUUGGGUCCCGAGCGUCCAGUGAUAUCAGCACCGAACGCGGCUGCCGUUUCAAUGGUGUCGGCGGGCAACGAGACAGCAAACUCCUCUCGCACCAUGAGCCCAAAUUUGUCGAAGCCAAAGCCGGGAGGCAAGUCGGCAGCAGCCAGUUUCCGGUACGGAAGAGAGUCUUUGUCCUUGUCGAAUGAAUUUCGGUGCGACCAGGCCUUUAGAUCCACUAGAUCGGCCUGAUCGAUCGGGUUGACCACUUCGCGCAGUCGACGCAGCCCCCGCCCGGUGGCCAGAUGCCGCCGCAGCAUCAACCUGUU